AUGGCAUCUGUUGUGGGUACUCGCUUUACUAAUGUUACAACAUCUACUGACUGUGAUAAGACAAUGGAUCUGACAUUCGCUGCCAAUAAAAACACUAUAUACGAGUCUCAGAUGAUAGCAUCAAUUUUCGAUGAUGGAAGUUCGUUCCUACAGUCUCUAGAAACAAACGACUCAUCUGUAGUAUCUGUGGAAGAAAACGAAGGCUGUACAGAAUCAGCAAUCAGAAAUGAUAAUCAUGAGAAGGAACAGAAGAAGAUGAUGGUUUUAAGUGAUUUAAAUGAUGACAGUGAUUUGCUGGUAGUUACGAUAGGCGAGGAUGUUUCAGUCUUCAGUUUUGAUUGUGGUAUAAGGUUCAUUAUUACGAUGCAUCUUGGAGAUAACAUUAAUCCAGUCGCCGUGAAAUUCAUGCCAGUGGUGAAUCUUCUCAUGGUUGUGGAGGAUUCUGGAAACUUAAUUUUUUUAUGUAUCGAUUCUAAGCGUGUAAUACAUCAACUGAAUCUGAUGGAAAAUAAGCUGAUAGAAAGUGCUUCUAUCUCCUGGGAUUUCCAACUUGAAGAUGCAUGCAUGUGUAUUGCUCUUGACAGUGGAAAAAUUUACUUGUUUACUUUUCCGAACUAUACUAAUUACUUUCAUCAUGAAGAAGAAAUCGAGUUGGCAAUGUCCAAUAGACAAAAGGAUUUGAAACUAAUCGAAUGGCAUGUUUCUAUAUUCGAAUUUUAA